AUGUUCCUAAAGGAGAUUGAUCUGGAACCAGAGACGAAAGAGCGUAUCUCUUUCAACUCGCAUAAUCAAAGAUACAAAAAUGACAUUCUAGACAUUGCAAACAUCAUCGAUACAUCGAACACCUCCAUCCCAUCUGAACGUGACGAUGCAGAAACCCGUCGAAUCAUCCGCAAGAUCGACGUUCGUCUUUUACCCACACUCGCGGUCAUUUACGCCUUUGCACUCAUCGACCGCGUCAAUCUGCCCAACGCACGAAUUGCCGGCAUGGACGUCGAUCUGCAACUCUCUGUCGGCUCGCGCUAUUCGAUUUUGACGAUGAUAUUCUUCAUACCGUACAUCAUCUUUCAGUUUCCUGCGAACAUCUUCAUACGCUAUCUUGGACCUGCAGUAUGGUUGCCAUCGCUCGUCGUAUGCUGGGGGGCGGUGACGAUCGGAAUGGGCUUCACUACGACUUGGCUUGAAGCAUUGGGCUGUCGAGUGGUUCUUGGAGUGCUGGAAGCUGGAUAUUAUCCUGGCUGCGUGUUCCUGCUGUCGUGUUGUGGGUUCUAUCUGCUUGCGUUGUUGGCGAGCGGCUUCAGUAAUAUAUUGGCUUGGGGACUGAGCGAGAUGAAGGGCUUGGGAGGCUUGAAUGGUUGGCAGUGGAUCUUCGCUAUCGAAGGCGUAAUUACCAUUCUCCUCGGUCUUUUUGGCUACGUGACUAUAAUAUCAUUUCCGGAUAAGGCAACGCAACCAUCCCCGAUAACCGGGAAGCCGUUCCUCACCGCUGCAGAAUCCAAAAUCAUCCUGGGCCGUAUCCAGCGUGACCGAGGCGACGCCAUUGCUGAGAAGAUGACAUGGUCUAGCAUUGCAUAUCACCUCCGCGACUGGAAGAUUUGGGAAUUUGCAUGGCUCUACUUUCUCAACAACGUAGUGGCAUACUCUUGGAGCUAUUUCCUCCCCAUCAUCUUGCGGAGCGACAUGGGCUACUCGGUAGCCAUGAGCCAAAUUCUGACAUUCCCACCAUACGUACUCGCUGCGGCGUGGAUGUUUGGGACUGCGUGGGUAGCGGAUCGUUAUCGAAAGAGAGGGCUAAUCAUCAUCUUCAACUGUGUGUGGGCAGCGAUAGGCGUUUGCCUGAUGGCAUACGUGUCAAAUGCGCGAGUGAGGUACGCUGGCGUAUUUCUGGGCGUGUCAGGCGCGAAUGCGAACGUGCCGAGCAUAUUGAGCUACAUGCAUAAUAAUAUCGUCGGUCAAACAAAAAGAUCAAUCGCAAGUGCAUUGCUGAUCGGAGGUGGCGCUUGUGGGGGUAUUGCAGCUUCGAACAUCUUCCGACAGCAGGAUGCGCCGAAGUACACGUAUGUCAUUCACGUUGUCUGCAACUCUGCGAGAUCGGCGUUAACGUGUUUCUAG